CUUUAGUUCUGCUUUUGAGGAUUGAAUUACCAAUUAUUAUGCCAAAUGCUGCUCAUAGAACAGUCUUGUGCUCAAUUGGCUUAGGGAUGAUAUACUAUUUAUAUGCAUGGCGUUUUGAUGCACGUUUUAUUUAUCAACUUUUGGUCCUGCAUAUUCGAUGACUUACCCUCCUCGUCUUGCUCAUUCUCUUCCUCUCUGUCCUCUCUUUCCCCUGUCUGUUGCUCAUUCUUUCCCCUGACAAGCUUUCCCCCUCCCCUGCAGCACCCGCAACUUACCGCACCAGCGGCGCUCCAACGCCUGGGCCAGAGUCGCAGACUAAGGAAUUGCGACAAUAAGCUCACCCCGGCACCCCGUGGAAGAUACCGCAGCCCCGUGGCUGCUGCAGUUGAGCGUCUUGCUGAUACUUGCACGCGGUCUGUGGCCUGUGGCCUGUGCUCUGUCCGCUGUCCUCUGCCGCUGCCAUUUGCGUCUCUGGGAAGAAGACCUUUGCCGGAUUCGGACCCCGCAUUAUAUGGAGAGAAGGAUGGGGAGGGGAGCGGCCCGGUGCGCUGUUCAGCGCAUUUCCCAACACUUUAUUGCAAUUGCGAGCUAACAUUAGCAGAUGACCCAGAUGACACCAUGAAUCACUCCAUAUAGAGAAGUAUUUUGUUCAGUUUUACUACAUUACCAACCGUUAUACUCGAUCUGGAAGGCCGUCUUUCUCUUGGCAUCUUUCUUCCCCUCUGGUUAUUGUUCUUCUUCCCCUCUGGUUAUUGUCCUUCU